CCCGGGAGACACUGCCACCAGACCGUGCCCAGGGCACCCACUCUUCCGCCACCACCAUGUCCCAGACCCAAGCGCCGAAGGUCCGCGCCACCCUCUUCUGCAUCCUGGUGGGCAUCGUGCUGGCCUUGGUGGCUGUGGUGACCGACCACUGGGCCGUGCUGAGCCCCGAGGUGGAGCACCACAAUGCCACCUGCGAGGCGGCCCACUUUGGCCUCUGGCGGAUUUGCACCAAGCGUAUUGUCAUGUCUGACAGCAAGGACAAGACCUGCGGACCCAUCACCCUGCCUGGGGAGAAAAACUGUUCCUACUUCAGGCAUUUUAACCCAGGCGAGACCUCAGAGAUCUUCGAAGUCACUACUCAGAAAGAGUACAGCAUCUCGGCCGCCGCCAUCGCCAUCUUCAGCCUCGGCUUCAUCAUCAUGGGGACCAGCUGCGCGCUUCUGUCCUUCCGGAAGAAGCGGGAUUACCUGCUGAGGCCGGCCUCCCUGUUCUACGCCUUCGCAGGCCUGUGCGUCUUCGUGUCGGUGGAGGUGACGCGGCAGUCGGUGAAGCGCAUGAUCGACAGCGAGCACACCGUGUGGAUCGAGUACAGCUACUCCUGGUCCUUCGCCUGCGCCUGCGCCGCCUUCGUCCUCCUCUUCCUCGGCGGCCUGGCCCUCCUGCUCUUCUCCCUGCCUCGAAUGCCCCAGAACCCCUGGGAGUCCUGCAUGGACGCCGAGCCCGAGCACUAGCCCUCCCGGAGCCCCAGCGCACGCACA